GGCCGCUGCUUGUGGAGCGGCACCGCGACCGCGCCCGCGCGGCUGGAGCAGCGGCUGGCGGGAAUCACAACCUGGUGAGGGAGCUCUUCUCGAGGCUCGCGGGCAAGGCGAGCACGCUCUGUCUGGCCGUGCACGCCCUCGCCGCCAAGGCGAGCAUCGCCAGCAGAGCGGUCCUGCGAGCGCUGCGCGGCUCCGCGAGCGCCGCGUCGCAGGACGGCGCGCCCGGCGCGUGGCUGGCCGUUGCGGCUGCCGUCGGGGAUGCCCAGGAGGCGAGCGCCGAGGUGGACGCCCAGGCGGGCCGGCAGGUGUCCCAGGGCGUCGGGCUGCUGGUGGCGCUGCUGCUCCUCGUGGCCUGCUGGGUCGCCGAGCUGCUGCUCACGCAGCGGCCCGAUGCCCCAGAGAGGCGAGCCUCCUCGCCUUUGUACAUCGACUCUCUGGGCUUUGUCCGGUUCCUCUUCGCGUGGCACUUGGUCUUCGACAAUUUCUACCAGACGGAGUCCGAGACCUCUGCCGACUGUGGGGCCUGGGCGUUGCUCGCGCGGUGGGGCAACACGGCCGUGCCGUUCUUCUUCCUCAGCAGCGGCUUCGUCAACACGUACGAGAAGUUGAUCGCCGACCCCUCGAGCACGAAGACGCAGAGCACGUUCGCCCGGAAGACCACCAUUCAAGAGGAUGCGUUUUUUGGCAUGCUCAGGAGUGUAUCCCGAUGGUGGCCAUUAUACGCGCUCGCUCUGUCGCUGUGUGCUCUACAAAUGUACAACUACGACGCAGAGGAGUGGACCCACUACGUGGCUGGCUUGCUGCUCAUCAGUGGACUCAUCUGGACCCCUCACAGCUCAAGCGGCAUCGGUGUCGCCACGGCCACCGGCUGGCCCUACCUGUUCCAGGACCAGUACUUGUGCUUCAUGAUGGUAUACCUGCUGACGCUGCCAUUCGGGAUCGAGGUGCUCAACGAGUGCUCGGACCAGCACCUCUGGUUCCUGAUGGGAAUGUGCGUCUGGGUCACGGUGCCCACCACUCUGAUGGAGUGGUAUUUCCUCUCUGAAGGCUUCGCGCCGUUCAACCUCAUGCAGAUGUUCCCAGCCUUCGUGUUUGGGCAGAGCCUCGCCUGCUGGUUCGUGCGCAACUGCCUGACCUACACGAGGGCCAUGACCUACGAGCCCCGGCCCCUGCAGGACUUACACUGGUGCACCCGCUUCGGAGUGACGCUAGGCUUCGUCGUUCUCAGCGUCAUGUUCUUCAGUUUCUCGCCGUACGACAAGCUGCCUCUGCUCGAGAAGGACACAUUCAUUCCGUUGUUCAAGGGCGGUCUGCUGCCUCUGCUGGGCAUGCUCAUGGUGGGCCUCGCCGCGGGCUGCGACCCGCUUGCCAAGCUGUUCGCGCGGAGGCCGUUCAGGUGGGGCAGCAGGGUCACGAUGGCCACAUUCCUGUUCCAGGUACCAGCCAUCCACGCUUAUCAGGAGGUGAUGGGGUACCCGGACGACUUCAGCUGGGGCGCGUGCGCGUGGUUGCUGACGGUGACGGUCUCCGUGCACUACCUCCUGGAGCGCCCAUACCGCAAGGCGUUGGGUUUUCGCGAGAAGUGA